AUGGCAGCCCAACUUAAGCUUGUUGUUAUUGGAAGUUCUGGUGUGAGAAAAAGUGCUUUGUGUAUUCAAUAUGUCCAGAAUUAUUUUGUGGAAGACAUAUACCCUACAAUUGAAGACUUGUACACUAAAAAAUGUGUAGUUAAUGGUGUAAGUUGUACAAUUGAAGUGAUUGAUACAAGUGGUAGGAAUGAAUUCAGCAUUAUGAGACAGCAGAAUAUUGUUAAAGCUGAUGGAAUCUUGUAUAUAUUCAAUCUUCAUGAAGAAAUAUCAGUUGAGAACGUAGAAAAAGAUAUGGCAUUUAUAAGAAGGAUUAAAGAUGUGCCAGUGAUAUUUGUUGGUAACCAAUGUGACAUUUCUGUUGAUUCGGGAGUGGAUGAACUAAUUUCUUACUUAGCAGCAACUCACUGUGUACAAUAUAUGAAAACUUCAGCUAAGACCUCAGAAGGUGUUGAGGAGGCAUUUUCAGCUCUAGUUACUACCAUUUUGGCACAGAAAGCAGAAGAUCUGACAAUUUCCACUCACUGUAGCUGUUUAAUACUAUAACAUUUUGCAAGGAACCAUCACUUGACUACACAAUUUGAAAGGUCUUAGUGCUUCCUUAA